AUGCAAAGCGCUCCGCGCCGCUACUCCGUCCUGUACGGCGAGAUUGUAGAGAAUCCAGAGCUUGCGAAAUUCCGGAGACACCUGGACCUGUGGACUUGGAUGCUGUACAACGAAACGGGGGAAAUUGAUAAGCUACGCCGAGAAUGUGAUGAACUUAUCGAGGCCAUUGGCGCUGAGACUCCUGACUGGACCGUCCGCACACUCCUGGAUUAUCACCAGGCCUACCACUUGCACGACCACUCAUUCUUGAGAUCCAAGAUUGACGCUUUAAAGAUCUCGUCCGACGUCUAUGCUCGACAUUUCGCUGCUCGAAAGACGUUGUUCGAGGAGGGUCUGUUUGGACCGACCAAGGAGAAUGGGGCCAUGUACACCCAGGUUCCGUCGCAUGCCGAUACAUGUUCUUUCAAGGACGGCGACCUAGAUGAGCAGGACAUGUUGACUGCUUUCGUUAUUCGGCACCUCGAAUCAGUCAAUACGUACGUGACGCGCUUGAUCACUCGUGUCCCAAGACAACGAUCUCUUGAGGAUGGCGUUGCACCUCAGCAAUACCUUGAGCUGGACAAGAUACAAAUGGUCGCCAACAUACUCACCGGAAUAUAUGUACCAGUAUUCCUAGCAAUAUGCUUGGGCAUUCUGAGCUGCAUCGAAUCUGAGAAAAACCGUAUUGUUGUGCUCGGCGUGCUUGGUAUUCUGCUUGCGCUCCUCAUGGUCGUGUGCGUCCCGGUGCCGAAACGUAACGACAUGUUCGCAAUUACGGCGGCCUUCUUCGCGGUGGGAGGUAUCUUCAUAGGAGCGAAGCGUGAAAGCGAUUGA